AUGGAGACUGCGAUGCUGAACUUACGGAGUCUGUAUGAUCAACUUAUACGCCAGGCUGAAGUUUUAAGUGAAGGCAACGAGUUCCAGUUUAUUCGGUUAGCAAAGAACUUUGAAGAGUAUCGGAGAAAAUUGCAGGAAGCGGAGCAUGAGCUUGGCAGGUACAAAGAUCUUCUCAUGAAAACUGAAGCUGAGCGUAGUGCUUUGGAUGUGAAGCUGAAACAUGCUCGCAAUCAAGUGGACGUGGAGAUCAAACGCAGGCAAAAAGCUGAAAUGGACUGUGAAAAGCUGGAGAGGCAAAUACAACUGAUUCGAGAGCUGCUCAUGUGUGAUGCAUCUGGGAGUAUUCAGCUAAGUGAAGAACAGAAGUCUGCCCUUGCCUUUCUUAACAGGCCACAGGCUUCUAUAGGGGGUUCAGGCAACAAAAGGCUGUCUACAAUAGAUGAAUCUGGCUCAAUUCUGUCAGACAUCAGCUUUGACAAGACUGAUGAGUCACUGGACUGGGAUUCCUCCAUGGUGAAAGCUGUCAGACUGAAAAGGAGACAGAAGCGGCGAUCUUCCAGGCAGUUCAUCGAAGGCCCACCAGGUCCUCAGAAGAAAACCAGAUCAAUUGGCUCCACGGCAGACCAGGCAAAUGAAUCCAUAGUAGCAAAGACAACUCUCAUGGUCCCCAAUGAUGGUGGCCCAAUUGAAGCUAUUUCUACUAUCCAGAUCCUAGGGGUGAAGGGUGAUUCCGUUCAGUCAACACUCUGCCUCUUCUGUCUUUCAGGUCCUUUGCAGCCUUGGAGCAGCGAGUCAAGCGUGGGCAGUAAGCAGCUGGAAUCCAAAUCGGAGACUGAUGGCCCUUGCACCCCGCAGAGCAAUGGGGGAGUGAGGCUGCAUGAAUUUGUUUCAAAGACGGUUAUCAAGCCAGAAUCAUGUGUUCCAUGUGGAAAGAGAGUAAAAUUUGGAAAAAUCUCUCUGAAGUGCAGAGACUGCCGUGUGGUCGCUCAUCCAGAGUGUCGGGACCGCUGUCCUCUUCCCUGCAUCCCCACCUUGACAGGCACUCCUGUCAGGAUUGGAGAGGGGACCUUGAUGGACUUUGUCCCUUCUACUUCUCCAAUGAUCCCUUCCAUCAUAGUGCACUGUGUUAAUGAGAUUGAGCAGCGAGGGAUGCAUGAGACAGGCCUUUACCGGAUAUCUGGCUGUGACAAGACAGUGAGGGAACUGAAAGAGAAGUUUCUCAGAGCAAAAAAUAUGCCUUUGCUCAGUAAAGUGGAUGAUAUCCAUGCCAUCUGCGGCCUUCUCAAGGACUUUCUACGCAGCCUGAAAGAACCCCUUCUCACUUUCCGGUUAAACAAGACUUUUAUGGAAGCUGCAGAAAUCUUGGAUGAGGACAACAGUAUUGCUGCUAUGUACCAAGCAGUUGGUGAACUUCCUCGGGCCAAUAGGGACACCUUGGCUUUCCUCAUGAUCCACCUGCAGAGGGUGGCUCAGAGCCCGGAGACUAAAAUGGACAUUAGCAACUUGGCCAAAGUCUUUGGCCCCACAAUUGUCGCCCAUGCAGUACCUGAUCCUGACCCUAUGACACUCCUGCAGGACACAAAGCGGCAGCCCAAGGUAGUGGAGCGACUUCUGCUGCUGCCUAUGGACUACUGGAGCCAGUUGAUCAUGACGGAGCAAGAAAACAUUGACCCAGCACACAUAAUUGAGAACAUGAAUGCCUACUCCACUCCACAGACACCAGAUGUUAAAGUGAGUGUGCUUGGACCCCUCACUACUCCGGAACAGCAGCUCUCCAAGACGCUGUCGUCUAGCUCCCUGUCCCAGAGGGUCCGGUCUACCUUCAGCAAAACCACCCCCAAAUUUGGGAGCAAAAGCAAGUCAUCAACCCCGCUUGGGCAUCAGGGCAACUUCUUUGCCUCUCCUGUGCUGAAGUGA